AUGGAAAGUAUAACUGAGGUAGGAGAGUCUUCAACUGCAACUGGAAUUGGAAAUCCGGUAAGGUCAAGAAUAUUAGGAGAUUCGAAGCAGCAAUUCUUAAUUGGGGGUUUGAUGAAUGUUCCAGAUCACCUUCGCAAAGUGGAUGAGCAAGCCUUCACUCCUCUGCUUAUUUCAAUUGGCCCUAUUCACCACUCCAAUGUAAAAUUACAAAACAUGAAAAAGUGUAAAGCACAGUUUUCUAAGUGUUUCAUUCAACGGGCUAAUACAACCUCGGAGCUUUUAGAAGGCAUAAUAAGAGUGAAGGAAGAAGAAAUUCGCUCUUACUAUGCAGAGACUAUUGUGUCCAGCAUAAGCAGCAAUGAUUUUGUGACAAUGAUCGUGGAGGAUGGGAUGUUCAUUCUUGAGUACUUCUUGAGACAAUCUAACCCACAUUUGGAAGAGAAUGAUGCUAAUGCUAUGAUAGCGCAAUGGAUGCGUCCAAUUUUGAAAUUUGACUUGGUAUUACUUGAAAAUCAGCUUCCCUUUUUUGUUUUAGAGACGCUGUUCAAGCAAGCAAACUUUCCGGCUGAAUUAGGGUUAAAACCCCUUUCUUUAAGGGAACUUGCUUUUAAAUUCUUUGAAUGUUACAACUUUCAAAUGAUGGACUUGGAGGAAUUCAAUGCGGACAUAGAACACUUCACAGAUCUGGUUAGAUUGUUUUAUCUAAAAGCAAGUGAAAGAUUACCGGAUAGAAAAGUUGGAGGGGUUAAACUGUCAUACUCUGCAACCCAGCUGCAUGAGGCAGGAGUCAAGUUGAAGGGAGUCAAGUUUAUUGAGACGAUUGGAUAUUUUGCUGACAGUAGGUUUGGUAGGGAUGGUAGGAAUGUGAGACAUGUUGGAUUGCGUAGAUGGUUUCUUGACCUAAGGUUCCUGCCGCGAGGGGUAGUUUACUGGUUGAGGCGAGAUGUGAUGCGGAAAAUUAGACCUCCUAGAUGCUUUCUUGAGAUAAGGUUCAACAAUGGAGUGUUGGAAAUCCCCUGCAUUACGUUAAAUGAUGAGAGAAUCCGUCUUAUUCGAAACAUUAUUGCAUUAGAGCAAUCCCUUUAUGCAGGGCACGCAUAUGUUACGGAUUUCUUUGUCAUCUUGGAUUUCCUUAUCGAUAAUUCCAAAGAUGUAGACUUACUUUGUGAUAAGGGAAUCCUUGUUAAUUACCUUGGUGACAGCAACGCAAUGGCAUUAGCUAUCAACAGUCUUAACACCAAAAUCUUAUGGGAUUUUAUGAACCCUAAAUACUCGGAAAUAUGUGAAGGUUUGAAUGCAUUCUAUAAGAAACAUUGGCAUAGAUGGAGGGCAACGUUAUGGCGUCAAUAUUUUAGCACUCCUUGGAGAGCUGCUUCUACCAGUGCUGCUAUUAUCCUUCUUGUGCUCACGGCCAUACAAACUAUAUGCGCUCUAAAGUCCACUAACUGGUGA